UACACCUCGACCGACUCCGAAGGCAGCGUCACCACCGGCACCACCACCUACCCUGUGACAUCCGAGGUCUCCCUAACCACCUCCACGUACACCUCGACCGACUCCGAAGGCAGCGUCACCACCGGCACCACCACCUACCCUGUGACAUCCGAGGUCUCCCUAACCACCUCCACGUACACCUCGACCGACUCCGAAGGCAGCGUCACCACCGGAACCACCACCUACCCUGUGACAUCCGAGGUCUCCCUAACCACCUCCACGUACACCUCGACCGACUCCGAAGGCAGCGUCACCACUGGCACCACCACCUAUCCAAUCACAUCUUCGACUAGUUCUAUUUUAACGGGAUCCUCUGAGGAAACUGAUAUGAUUUCGUUCUGGACUAGCACUGAUUCUGAAGGAAAUGUUUCAACCGGCUCUACAACAAUUCCAGUAACAGUGACCACUUCCACAUACACCUCGACCGACUCCGAAGGCAGCGUCACCACCGGAACCACCACCUACCCUGUGACAUCCGAGGUCUCCCUAACCACCUCCACGUACACCUCGACCGACUCCGAAGGCAGCGUCACCACCGGCACCACCACCUACCCUGUGACAUCCGAGGUCUCCCUAACCACCUCCACGUACACCUCGACCGACUCCGAAGGCAGCGUCACCACCGGCACCACCACCUACCCUGUGACAUCCGAGGUCUCCCUAACCACCUCCACGUACACCUCGACCGACUCCGAAGGCAGCGUCACCACCGGAACCACCACCUACCCUGUGACAUCCGAGGACUCCCUAACCACCUCCACGUACACCUCGACCGACUCCGAAGGCAAUGUCACUACUGGCACUACCAUCUUUCCAGUGGAGUCUUCCAGUGGUUCAUUAGUAUCAGGAUCUUCUCAAGAUACUAACGUUAUAUCAUUCUGGACUUCGACUGAUUCCGAAAGUAAUGUCACCACCGGCACUACCACCUUCCCAGUUGAAUCUUCCUUGUUGUCACAGAAUUCUAUGUCCGGUAGUGGUAGUAUUACACCAAGUAUAUCUACUUCGUUAGCUGCUUCGACAAAGACUGAUUUACCAUUAACUUGGACUAGUAUAAACUCAGAGAGCUCUUUGUCAACUGGAUCCACUUCUAUUGAAGCUUCUUCAAGCAAAUCAUCGUAUAUAUCUGUCAUCGUGUCAUCCGAGAUUACCUACUAUAGCAAUUCUUCCUAUGGUCAUUCAACAUCUUCUGACGGUACUAUUUUAUCCUCCCUUACCAGCUCAUCAAGCAGCAGUCCAACAGUCAGUGCUUCAUUUAGCCAAUAUGAGUCAUGCGUAAUUUACACAAGGGGUACAACCAUUAAUGGCAGCGCGUUAGAUGCAACUUCCAAGGUUAGAGGGUCUACUUCAUCAAGUGCUCAAAUGUCUAAAUCGACUACUGUUGUUUCUUUUACAAGCUCUACAUAUCCAACCGAAAGUCAUGUUACAACAGCUGCUACCUCUGCAGGCAGUGAGAUAUCGGUUUCGUCGUCAACAAUAUCUACCGAUGAUAGCAACGUUAGUCAUGAAACUUCAUCCACUCAAACCGCUGCUAUCCAAAGUUCAAGUAAGGUUACUACUACAAUAAGUGGUUCCAAUACUGCGUACACUUCAAGUAUUCCGGCAUUGUCAUCCUCUUCAGACACACACAGCCUAACUACUGUUACAGAAACUGUUAGCGGUACAUUAACCACAUACACUACAUAUUGUCCUGAAUCGAGCGAUGAUAAUGUUUCCAAUACUGAAACUGUGUCUAGACCUGUUUCUAAUAACGGAGUAGAAUCCAACUCCAAUGAUAAUCCAAGCGUCGGCUCUUCUGCAGGCCCAGUAAACUCUGAUAGUGCCUCUGUCAGUGUUCCUGCUCCAACUACUGUUGCUACCACUGAUUCUAACGGCUCUUCCGCCACUAACGUUAUUUCCUACUUCCCAACCACCGACUCUAAUGGUAAUCCAAGCGUCGGCUCUUCUGCAGGCCCAGUGAACUCUGAUAGUGCCUCUGUCAGUGUUCCUGCUCCAACUACUGUUGCUACCACUGAUUCUAACGGCUCUUCCGCCACUAACGUUAUUUCCUACUUCCCAA